UCAUAAUGAAAAAUUAUUAAUAAUCAGUAGAAACCGAGUUUGUCAACCCGCGGGUUGACCCGUAUUGGCCCAGACCCGGCCUUGAAAAUGGGUUAAAAUAGCUCAUUUGAGAGUUAGCCCAAAAUGAUCAAAUCUUGGCGGUUGGCCCGUCCGAGCGGUUCAGCGGGCUGCUCGUUCCAAAGUGUCGUUGAAUUUUUACUAUGUUGAAUUUACGUUGAUGUUAUUUAAGUGUGUUGGAGUUUAAAUACAUUUUUUUAUCUUGUAUUCAAAAUAAGUACAAUGUAAUGACUUUUUUCAUAUUUUUGGGCUAAAUCGGGCUAAAACGAAUGAUCUAUUAACCUUGACUCACUAAUUUGGCCAGAUCCGGGUCGACUCGCGGGUUGACAACCUUGGUAGAAACCGAAGUUGUCCCUAUAGAAUUUUAUUUAUUUAUUAGGUAAAAUUAGUAACAACCAAAAAAAAAUUCCUUCACUACCAGCUGUCGAUUAGAGGUCGAUAAAAAAAUUCUCCUGAAGAAAAGCGGAAAAGGGGAAAAACACAAAAAAAAAAAAAAGUUUUGUAAGGACAAGGAAAUGGAAAUGGAAAUGGAAAUGGAAAGCAAGAAGGAGAAAGAAAAGACUCUCUCUUAGCUUCUUCUUCCUUUCCCCUUCCAAGGUUUCCAGAAACGGCUAUGAGAGCGGGAAAAUCCCUAAUCUUAACCCCUAGGAUUCUGCCGAUUUCAGAGGAAGAAAGCGGGAGGGAGGGAGAAGAGAAAGAGAGAGAGACUGUAUCCUCGUUCCAUUUCCUCUGUGUAGCUCUGCGUUGAUGAAGAGAUUGUAAAAAUUUCCCAAUUCCUCCACUUCUCUGUAAAAUUCUCAUUUCCUCCUAAUUUCGCUGUAAUUCGUCUUCUCUCGUUUCCCGAACCUCAGCCCUAGGAAUAUCACAGGAGGGAGGGAGAGAGGAAGGAGAAGAAAUGGCCACCAGAGGGAGCAGAUCGGAGAAGGUGAAGAGGAUUUUCCAGCAGUUCGACCUCAACAGCGACGGCGGGCUCAACAGGGAGGAAAUGUCGGCUCUGGUGGUGGCUGUUAACCCCCGGGUGAAAUUCAGCGAGGAGCAAAUCAAUGCCAUCCUCGACGAGGUGUUUCGGACGUACGGCGAGUUCAUCGACGGGGACAAAGGUUUGACAUACGAGGGGCUUUUGCGGACCUACGACGACGGUGCCGGCGACGUCGACCGUGACUUCGACGCGCUGGAGCUGGAGCUCAAUUUGGACGAUAACAACAACGACAACAUCAAAGGGAUCUCGGAAGCGGCGGAGGCGUCGUCGUCGAUUGCCGACGAGAGAGUGAUUGAAGCGCAGAAGAAGCAGCGGACUGCGGCGUGGGCGGUCUCUCCUAACCACGGUAUUGUGUUCGACGAUACUUGGAAGAUUGUCGAUGAUUUGGAGAUUUUGAUCAAGAGGUUGAAAGCCAAGCAGGCUAAAGACGGGAAAUUGAAGGGGGAUAACGUUGAUAGUUACUCCGACGCCGGUUGGUCGAGGGAAUUGGGUCCCUCAUCGGAGAUCUCUGAUAAGAGAAUUAUCUGGGAAGAGGCCGGGCAUGAUUAUGCAUCCUUCGUGAAGGAAUUGGGAGCUUUGAGGACCAGAGCUGAUGGGGCUAGAUCCAGAGAAGAAGCAUUUGAUGGUCAUAUGGCAAUUGCGAGGGUUUUGUAUGAGCAUCAGUUGUUCAAGGAAGCUUUAGUGAGUUUCAAGAGAGCUUGUGAGCUUCAGCCCGUGGAUGUGAGGCCGCAUUUCCGAACUGGGAAUUGCCUGUAUGUUCUAGGCAGAUAUAGAGAGGCCAAAGAGGAGUUCUUGCUGGCACUUGAAGCAGCUGAGGCAGGUGGGAAUCAAUGGACAUAUUUGUUGCCUCAGAUUUAUGUUAAUCUCGGCAUUGCGCUGGAAGGUGAAGGUAUGGUUCUAAGUGCUUGUGAAUAUUACAGAGAAGCUGCCAUUCUUUGUCCAACACAUUAUAGAGCUUUGAAGUUGUUAGGUAGUGCCCUUUUUGGGGUGGGAGAAUACAGGGCAGCGGUUAAGGCCUUGGAAGAGGCAAUUUAUCUGAAACCAGACUAUGCCGAUGCUCAUUGUGAUUUAGCUUCUGCUUUGCAUGCAAUGGGAGAGGAUGAGAAGGCUAUAGAAGUGUUUCAGAAGGCUAUAGAUCUGAAACCCGGACAUGUGGAUGCGCUCUAUAAUCUGGGUGGGCUUUACAUGGACAUGGGUAGGUUUCAGAGAGCUUCAGAAAUGUAUAGCAGGGUGCUAGUUUUAUGGCCAAACCAUUGGCGAGCUCAGCUGAACAUGGCAGUUUCAUUAUUGGGUGCUGGAGAAACUGAGGAAGCAAAGAAAACUCUUAAGAAGGCUCUGAAAAUGACCAAUAGGGUUGAGUUGCACGAUGCUAUCUACCACUUGAAGCAGCUGCAGAAGAAGAAAGUCAAGCCCAAUGGAACUGCUAAUGGUGACGUUCCUUUUGUCACCGUGGAGCUCUCCAAGUUCAAAACCUUGGGCGAGAAAACCACACAGAGACAAGAGCUUCGCAACGCCUUUCAAAUCAGAGUCUUCCAAAGGAUCACCCGGUUGAAUCGGUGUGAUGUGGAUCUUCUGAAGAAGGAAAUGAGAGAGAACGAUGUACCUGUUUCUUACUCUGGCGGGGGUGUACCCGAGAAGUCCAUACGGAAGCCUAACUUGGAAGAGAUUCUAAGAAAGUUCCUUAACUUCCUGAAACCCGAGAUCUUCCAGGGAGCAGUGAAAGGAAUCAACGAGAGAAUACUCUCGGUUCUCGAUGAGCCGGGUUCAGGAAGGGUUGAUCUGGGUAUGUUCUUUGCUGUUCUUGCACCCCUAUGCGGUGGUAGCCCCGAGAAGAGGAAACGGAUUGCCUUCGAUGCUCUACUAUGGCGGCCUGUGAAUGAAGGAGGUUCUCAGAUCAAGAGAGUUGAUGCUGUAGGGUACAUCAAGCUGUUAAGAGCUAUGUACCUUCCGUCUCAAGGAAUCAGCGAAAUCCUGGAGGUUCAUGGAGAAACUGAUUCCUCCAUGGUGUCAUUCAACGAGUUCCAAGUCAUGUUUGAUGAUCGAGACUGGGGAUUUGGUAUCCUUUCGACCCUAGUGAAGCUAGAAGCUGAGGAUAGAAACCGUCAUGGUUCCCAUGUCUGCUCGGUUUGCAGGCACCCUAUCAUCGGUUCCCGGUUCAAGGAGAUGAAGUCGAGUUUCAGCCUGUGUAGUCAGUGCUACGGUGAGGGGAAAGUACCGUCUUCUUCGAGGCAGCUGCAAGAAUACAAGUUCAAAGAGUAUGCAAGUGAAUCGGAUGCGAUGAAGGAUAAAUGCCUAUGCUUUCCAGUUCAUUCCAAUGAAGAGAAAUGAAAGUGAUCUCUACCUCUCCCCCGGUUUUUGUUGAUUCUCUGUCCAUUUUUCUCUCCUUUUUUGUGUGAAAUAUAUAGGUUACCUGUUCAGCGAGAUGUUUGUACAAUUUCUAGUUUAUCAUUCUGAUUAGGAUUUCUCUCAGUGCUCUUCUUAUCUUCCUGUUUCUCAAGAAGUUAACUUGUAUUCAGCCUUGCCAGACCAUUUGACCUUUGUUUUCUUUGACCAUGGUUAGUAAAUGAAGCUGGAGAGUUUUUAAGGGUGUUGGUGUGGAUUUUUUUAGGUUUGCCCGAGUCGCUGUCAACUUCUGUUCGAGUUCCCUUUGACUGUUUAGUUUGGGACAUAGCCGUUGUCAUGUUUUAAAUAAUGUAAUGGAAGCUGUUGGCUUUUAGUACCACAAAUGAUUUUGAUGGUGGAGAUUGUUUUGAUUUUGUGUUUCAAGUAAGGAUCAAGAAACCUCCUGCUAAACCAAUAGAUAGUAUUUAACAAUCUAAAAAAGUGAACUAAGAUUUCAUUAUAAAAUACAUUAUUAUUGACUUUUACGAUUUCGGUAUGGUCUUACAAUCUUUCAUUCCAAGUUGCGGGUAGAACUCUAUGCAUUUCUGUCAUAGUACUUUUCUUGUGUAUCAAGCUCCUGUCAUUCGAUUUCUUGGCUCAUCAGUUUCGCCUUGAAUUUGGGCUUUCAUUAUUAUUCAACUCAGAUUUGGGGUCAACAACCGGUGAGAGACGAACCAACAAUCAAUUAUCAAGUUUUAGAAUGAGAACAGUGACAGAUUAGGAAGAUAAAGUGUUAGUUUGUGUCCAUCAUUAUCCUACCCGUUACUAUCAUUAUGCUAACUGUUUAAUGACUGAAAACAUACAAUUACAACCUAACCACUUAAAUUUAACCAAAAGGAAACCAACAAAAUGCAAAGGAAAGAGUCCAUGCAGCAGUAGCAAUCAUUACUUAUUAGUUAUUACCCACAUUUUGGGUAAAUUGUAACGGAUAUCACUGAACUUUGGGUUUUAGUGCAACCAUAUCACUAAAUUAAGUUCAGUGCAACGAAAGAAGAUCGAAAGAUAAAAUUUUCCUUACUUUUAUUUACAUUUUUGUAUGCAAAACUUUUAAAACUAUAUUAAUUCAAUAAAUAUUAUUAAAACUUAUAUAUAAAAUUAGGCAACCUUUAAAACAUAGAAUUACUAAGAUGGCUACAACCAAAAGAAAUGUUUAAAUUUUUAAUAUAUAAAAAAACUGGGGUAAUUCUAUAGAAUAUAUUUACUCCAAAGAAUAAUUGCAUUAUUAGAACAAAUAAUUACAAUUGAAAAUACAUAUAUCUAAAUAAAGGAACAAAGUUUCAAAAAUAUCAUAAGGCAAAAGGUAGAAAUAUAAAGUUCGAUAUCAGAGCCUAAAAAAGAAUUUUGGCAUCGUAAAUGCAAUCAAUACAAUACCGUUGCAUAGGUGAAGGUGAGAUGAGCAACUCACUCAAAACCGAGCAUAUAGUGAAAUGCAACUAGGUAAUGUGGAAGACGAGUAUAUGUAGACAGCCUGCUAGAUAAGUCUGAUCGUUGAAUCACCUUAUCAAAGUUUAACUCACAAACCAGUUGUAUAAAAUUCAUGUUAACUUAGUUAUAUUGAUGGUGCCUCUUUCGAGAUUGAAUUCACGAGUAAUAUACAAAACAAUCGAGUUGUUGACAUUAAAACCGAUGAGAGGGAUACAUUAUUUCUCUCUUUUAAAGGUCCUUCCAAAGAUGUCACGUUGGUUAUUUAGUCGCUAAUUGGUGGUUGAUUGUAUUCAAUCAAUCAAUAAAGCUAGCUAAUAACCUCUUUAGACGAAAGUAUUGCCUGCCCUUUUCUGCAACUUUAAAACAGCAAAUGCCUUUUGACAAUUUGCUUCACGAGCUAAAUAAGUUCACUUCUAACCCCCAUGUGUUUCCAUCAUUAACAGCCAUAAAGAGAAGCCAAAGGGAAAUGAAAGACUGGUAAAAGACAAAGAAGAAGAUGAUAAUCAUUGAUAAGAUCAUAUAUAUGGUGAAAAAUUAUUCUAGAUUGUGACUGUAUUCACUCAAAAAAAAAAAAAAAUCCAUAAAUUGAGGGUUUGCCUUUGGCAGCAAUGAUACCAGAAGGCGACUCCAGUGACGAAAUGAAGGACCCAAAGCAGACUCUCGCUAUCCACAAUGUUCUAUAAUUCAAUAUUGAGCGAUAUUCUCAUCGUUUUGGAUCAAUCUUUCCUACCUUCGUGGUUGAGAUGUCAAUCAAACAACGAGAAUCAUAGAGAAAGAGAUAACGAUACAUGAUUUACGUGGUAUCGAACAUGACUACUUCACGAUGAACUAAAAAGCUCACCGUUAAUAAUAUUAUCACCGUAAAAACCAUACCCCUAUACAACCAAACCUACUGAAUAUAUAUAGCCUUAUACUGCUGAACCCUAGCUCUACUACUAGUUAUAUAUUUACAAUAAUACCCUACGUCUCAUACAUUAACGGGAGAAAGGCAACAUGGUAAUUCAGAAUUGAUCAAUUUGUCCCUUCCAAGUCCAGUCCACCUAAUGUUGUCCAAUUCUGUUUUUGAAUUUAAUUCUCACCAAGUUAUAUCUACUAUUUACUCCAGAGUUAAUGUACAUUCACCUCCGAAUAGAAGUGUGCAACGGGUUAGUCCAUACUGAAAUACGCCGGACAAAAUCGAUUCUUGGAUCGGAUCAUAUCGAACCGAAUUUAAUGAGGCUCAAUCCUUGGUUCCAUUGAUUAUAUAAAUACUGAAAAGAAUGGACUGAAUUGUCAUUUGGAUCGUACCAAACAUGACCGAAUGCAAUUUUGGUAUGGUCCCUGAUCUUAUGAUGUCUUUCACAAUUAGACCAUGGUUUUCCUAAGUGUUGUACGGUACGGGCCGAAUCGAACCAUUGCAUACUGCUACCUCUUGACCAUGCAUUUUUUUUCAAUUAAACACCCCAAUAUAUUUUUUGUUGGACACAUAUUACUUAAUUUCCAAAUUUGUCCUAACCUAGUCUUUUUAUUUGUUCUCUCCAAGUAUUGAAAUACUGUACCGAAGGUUGUACCGGAAAAGUCAGCAAGAAAAUAUUUUAUGCUAAAAUCGUGGUUUAGCCAUAGUUCAACCGCUUCAUAUCGCUAAAAAUCGUUUACCGGUUUAGCCUUUUUAGGAGUUUUUUCUAGUUGAUUCGGUACGGUAUUCAAUCUGUGGUUUUCUCUAAAAUGUCCGUUAACGCACAUGGGAAAUGACUUAAGUGCUUCGUCAAUCUAGCCCCUAAACUAUGGAUUUUGUCCUACUAAACAACUAAAUUUUAU